UCAGAGUGUGUUGCAAUACUGAGACUUCUUUGUGACAAGAUUGUUCUCUCAGAAUUUCCUGAGAAGUUUCAAAUUCGACGGUUUUGUUUGAAAGAAGCUGUCUUGAUUUUCUCUACUGCCUCGGCUUCAUACACAUUGUACACUAAUUUAUGACUCCAACAGAGAAAUUGCCUUAUCACCUUAAAGAGUUUAAGCAAGUAAAGGUGUUGGUUAUUGAUGAAGCUGCUCAGCUUAAAGAAUGUGAAUCCACUAUUUCUAUGCAGCUACCUGGUCUUUGCCAUGCUAUACUCAUUGGAGAUGAGAAACAAUUCCCAUCAAUGGUUCAGAGCAAGAUUUGUGAGAAGGCUGAUUUUGGGAGGAGCUUUUUUGAGAGGCUGGUUAAAUUAGGACACAGAAAGCACCUCCUCAACAUUCAAUACAGAAUGCAUCCCUCAAUUAGUUUGUUCCCAAAUAAGAAGUUCUAUGAUGAGAAGGUCAUGAAUGGUCCUAAUGUGAUGAAAAUAGGAUAAGAGAAGCGAUUCCUCAGAGGAAAUAUGUAUGGACCUUUUUCUUUCUUCAACGUAUGCCAAGGAAAGGAGGAGCGUAAUGGCAAAAGCAGUACUAAAAACAUUGCAGAAGUUUUUGCAGUAGCUGAGAUUGUUGCUAUGCUGUAUAGAGGUAUAAUUCCUCUUCUGAUCUAUUUCUUAGCUUUAUCUUACUAAUUUUCUUUUGUUCAAUGAUGCUAGAAUCUCUAGCUUCAAAACAAUGAGUUCGUGUUGGCUGCAUUUCACCAUAU